AUGGGGUUCACUCAAGGAUAUAAGAUAUUGGCCGAGUAUGAGGCUGAAUUUUUGAGGUUUAGUAAGUAUGCUCACGGAUUGGUAGAGACCGACUAUGAUAAGAAGAAUGCGAAGAUUGUCGAGGAGAUUAAGCGUGAUGAGCACGAGAAAAGUGAUAAGGAAAAGAGUCAGAAUAAGAACAAGAGAGAUUCGAGUCCUUCUAGUUUUUUGCAGCGGCUUAUGAAACAAGCCAAGUUUGAGAGACCUCAACAGUUGGAGCCAACUGCUAGAGUUGAGCAGGUUGCGGUCUAUGAAUACUGUAAUAGACGCGAUCCGAGCGAGUGUUGGAGGAGGAUCGGGGCUUACUACAUAUGUGAGCCUACUAAGCAUAAGAUUAGUGAGUGUCCUCGUAUAGUUGAGUCAGUGCGGGCUUUGGUUUUGGAUCAGAGGGCACCAAAUAGAGGUACAGUUCAGACUGAAGCUAGACAAUCAGGUUUAGUUUAUGCAGCGAGGUGCCGUGAGGAUAGAGAUGUGACUAAGGUUAUAGUUGAUACAUUUGUAAUGCAUUCACUCCCUAAUUUUGCAUUGAUUGAUUGUGGUUCCACGCAUUCUUACAUUUCUAGUAGUGUAUCAGAUUGGUUGGUGGAGCAUCAUGUUGGAUUAGAUUGUGAAUCUAAGAAGGUGACUUUUAAGGUAGGGGAUGGUGAGAAGGUUGUGAUGGUCGACGAGAGUCGAGGUUACUUCUCUAAUGUGAUCUCUGCUCUUAUAGCUGAAAAGUUAGUUCGUAAAGGGUGCGAUGCGUAUUUGGCUUAUGUACAUGACAUCAGUAUUGUAGAAUCAGCUGUGAAGGGGAUUCGAAUUGUUAAGGAUUUUUCAGAUGUCUUUCCCAAGGAAUUACCGAGGUUACCACCAGAUAGGGACGUUGAGUUCAGAAUUAAUGUUCUGCCUAGGACAACUCUAGUGUCUAUCGCCCCAUAUCGUAUAGCACCGAAGGAGUUGAAGGAGUCAAAGUUGCAGCUUCAGGAACUUCUGAGUAAGGGGUUUAUUUGGCCUAGCAUGUCCCCGUGGGGAGCACCGGUUCUAUUUGUUAAAAAGAAGGACGACUCUAUGAGAAUGUGUGUGGAUUAUUGUUAG